AUGGGCGACGCCGAAGAGGCCCAAUUGAACGGACUGCGGGAUGUUGCAGAAUGUGCAACCUGUCCGUACCUGAUUUGUUUCUUCCACGUGAUGUACAAUGUACGCAAGCGAGUGCGACACUUACCAGAUUCGGUGCGAGCUAUGGUGUAUCGUGGUAUUCUUGAUAUGCACUACACACUCAACCAAACCGAAUUUUGGGAGGUGUGGGGGCGUGUAUCUCAAGAGUGGCAAUGCGAUAGAAGGUUGCACGUCUUUUUGACAUAUUUCGCGGCACAAUGGAUUCAUAGCCGCUUCUGGAGAUGGCAGAUUUAUCACUCUCCAGGGGGGUACGCUACGACCAACAACCCAUGUGAAGUGUUUAAUGCCAGCAUCAAGCGCUAUACGCAGCGCAAGGCAGCGGAUACGCGCCGUUUGUUGAUGAAGCUGCUGACGAUUGCAGAAGAUUAUUCGCUGUGUGUACCACCUCCCAUGGCAUCUGGACCAAACGCCCCGCCUCAAGUUGCAAAGCAGCUGGCCCGAACGUUAGUGUCGACCAACCGAGUCGUCGUUUACGCUACGACCGAGAAGUCGGUUGUUCGCGUGCUAUAUCAUUGCGGUGAUCAUUUGGAAGACCGCCCCGAACUGUCUGAUCUUGACGAGUUGGAGGCCCCCAGCAACGUCAAAACUCCUGUCAUCAUAUCGCCCGAGUGUUUAACAGAUGCAGAAAAGGCUACCGCUGCUAAGUUCUAUCAGGAAGCUGUGAAAUGGUCUGUACGCCGCGGCACCACGUUGGCAUGCCACGAGGCGGGUGGGCGGUGCACCUGA